AGGAGGAGGAGGAGGAGGAAGAAGAAGAAGGAGUGCUCCAGUCUGCAAAAGCCAGGCUUCUUCGGAGCUCUGCAAAGGCACAAUGGGAGCAGUUAUUUUGUGACAUUACCAAGAGUUGCAAACUAUUAGUAUUAUUAUCAUUACUACUAUAUUCAACACAAUAUCCAGCCUGCAGAGCAGAAGGACGGGAAGGAGACCUUAAGAAAGACUUCACUUCAUUAAUACUGUAAUUGUGGGAAAGAGACUAAUUCAAGAGGAUGAGUGAACUGGAACAGUUACGGCAGGAGGCAGAACAACUCCGGAAUCAAAUCAGAGAUGCUAGAAAAGCAUGUAGUGAUACAACUCUUGGUCAGAUCACCACAAGUCUUGACUCAGUGGGUCGAAUCCAGAUGCGCACAAGACGUACCCUGAGAGGCCAUUUAGCUAAAAUUUAUGCCAUGCAUUGGGGAUCCGAUUCAAGGCUACUAGUGAGUGCUUCCCAAGAUGGAAAAUUAAUUAUUUGGGAUAGUUAUACAACAAACAAGAUGCACGCCAUUCCUUUGAGAUCUUCCUGGGUAAUGACCUGUGCAUAUGCACCAUCUGGCAAUUACGUCGCUUGUGGUGGAUUGGACAAUAUCUGCUCUAUCUACAAUCUGAAGACAAGAGAGGGCAACGUACGAGUGAGCAGAGAGCUACCCGGCCAUACUGGGUAUCUCUCCUGUUGUCGCUUUCUAGAUGACAACCAAAUAGUCACAAGCUCAGGAGACACCACCUGUGCGCUGUGGGAUAUUGAAACUGGGCAACAGACUACUGCUUUCACUGGGCAUACUGGAGAUGUGAUGAGUCUCUCUCUAAGUCCAGACAUGAGCACUUUUGUUUCAGGUGCAUGUGAUGCAUCAUCCAAGCUCUGGGAUAUUCGAGAUGGGAUGUGCAGGCAGUCUUUCACAGGACAUGUGUCUGACAUCAAUGCAGUGUGUUUCUUCCCUAAUGGCCAUGCUUUUGCAACUGGCUCUGAUGAUGCUACCUGUCGACUCUUUGAUCUGCGAGCAGACCAGGAGCUUAUGACGUACUCUCAUGACAACAUCAUCUGUGGGAUUACUUCAGUUGCUUUCUCAAAAAGUGGUCGCCUCUUGUUGGCAGGUUAUGAUGAUUUCAAUUGCAACGUCUGGGAUGCCCUAAAGGGAGAACGCGCAGGUGUUCUUGCUGGCCAUGAUAACAGAGUCAGCUGCUUAGGAGUUACCGAUGAUGGCAUGGCAGUAGCUACAGGGUCUUGGGACAGUUUUCUCAGAAUCUGGAAUUAAUUUAGCAGCUGAAAUACACCUGGAUAGACACGCACACCUUCUCCAUUGAGAUCUGGAGAGAUCAAUGCUGCAGCCUAUUGCUGUGAAAUAAUAUUUCUACCUUGUAUUUACAGGUGAAGUUUUUCUACUCACUGAUUAUUGCAUAAAUAGGCUUUCUGUACAUGAAGUUUUAAAAUAAAUCAAGUGAAGAAGUGGUGGGUGGGCGAAAUCAGUAACUUUUUUCUUCAAAGCAAAGAAAAGCAGAGGGCAGCACAUGUAUUCAUGGUGACUGAAGCUAAAAGAACCAGUCCAUCUUACAGUUGGUAUGCCUGUGUUGUCCUGGAAGGAUUUCUGCUUGUUCCCUUGUCCUAAUUCUGUACCUUUUUGUACAUAACUGAAUAUACACAUAGCGGCCAAUCAUGUAACAUUUUGUCUGUAAGUAAAGAAAUAAUGUUUGCAUUUUUUAAAAGAAACUGCAUUUAUAUAGCUCUACAUUUAAUCUGAGAUGUCUCUCCUGAGUUCCACAGUGGAUGUACUAGAUUGUUGUUUUAAAAUGUUUUUUUCUUAUUAUUAUUUUUUUGUGAAUUUACUGUAGAUAAAUGUGUGAAGUUGAAGAGAUGUUUGUAGGUUUUAUAACAGAAGGUGUUUGGAUUAUUGCUUGAUCUAUUUCUGUGUCUGUUUAAAAAGUCCUGAUGACUUCUUGCGACACCUAGCGCCUUACUUGCUAUGUGACCUAUUUAUUGAAAUAUGAAGUUGGUUCCUUCUGAGCCAAUAGUUACUGGAUAGUCCAUUGGCAGUUAGAGGCACCAAACCCCACAGACGUAAAUAGGUCAUCAGAUGCACCCUUCAAAAAUAAGAACUGAAAAUGUUGGUGUCAGAUUUUGAGCUUCCUUCCAACAGCCUUUAUAUGAUUUGGCUCAGCAUGUAAAUCAGAGGACAGACAUUUGUUGCUGCAUGCUUGAGCCAAUCAUGAAUGGAUAUUUGAGGUGGGUGGGAUAGAUGUAAAUGUAUUGUUUUUAGGUCUACUGUAAUAUCAUUGGCCUGUUUGGUGUGAGGUUACGAAUAUGAAAUCACUUCAGACUUCUAGCAAAGACUUUUAUUCCUCCUUUGGACUAUACCACUCCAAAUGCAUGUGGACCACAAUUUGUUUUCUCCUCUCACAUGUAUUAAAAUAUGCCUAUAUAGGCAGAAGUUUAAUGUGUUUCGGGUAGAAGACCUCUCCUGGAAUACGUAUUUGCACAUGCAGAGAAUUGUAAAAAUUGGUGUCCAUUUAAAUGUACCCUUCUCCCACUGUGCAAUCUGUGUGGACUGUAGCAUAUGCCACAUCAAUAUUUCAAUUGGCUCCUGAAAUCAAUUCAGUUGCGCCAGCCAGCCAUGACAGGAAGUGCUGAAAUUUCAUUCUGAUACUGCCAGGAUAGUUGUUCGGGUUGCCCAGACAUUCCACAGCAAAACAGAGUUGCCUUUUGUGUAUCUGUCAAGAUUAUCCCAGUUUAGAUCCUGAUCCAUUAGUUUCUGUAGCCUCUGUUUUUUUAUUGUAGAAAAGCAUAACUGUAAACCCUCUUUGAGUUCCUGCUGUCUUAAAUUUUGAAGUGAAAUGAAAUUUCUCCAACAAUAACUCAUAAGAAAUGUCCCGAUCACAUAAGUGUGGUAAAAAGUAUGGCCAGCUAGAAACAGAAAUCAAAUUUUGGUACUGGCAAAUGUUCCCUGUGUUUGUAGUACACAUUGACCUAAAUUCUUUUAGGCUGAACCACAAUAAACCCACUGAAUCUGUUAAAUUUAUCUCUGUGUUGGCUCACCAUUCAACAAUUGACUGAAUGGGUCUACUCUUGUUGAAGCUAAUCAAUAGGAUGCCAACCAUUAAGUGAUCUCAGUUUUUAUGGCAGUAUCUGGGGAUGCCUCCUUUCCAAAGUCUGUAAGGAGAAUGUGGAGCUGUUAAAAGUAACCCUAGUUUUCUUGGCAAACAGCAGUUGCUGUCAGCAUAUUAAGACAGAGUUGUUGCUAAACCAUCUGUUUUGUCAGGUUUCAGCCAAAUUUUUAUCCUCAGUUUCAGCCUUUCCUGUUUGCCUGUGUUUACAGUAGUAAAAGUGCCAAUCCAUGUGCCAAACAAUGGAUUUAGAAGCCACAAAAAGCACUAAUACUUCCUUAAUGAUAUAACAGAAAGAAUCAUUUUCCAGGGUGGGGUGGAGGGGCUGUUCAGGACCAGAAUUACAAGCACUUAAUAAUUUUUUUGGGGGGUUUUCAUAUGGAUCACUCUGUUCACAUCCAGUAUUGAUGCUAUCUGGAACAGAUGUAGAGGUCAGUAACUGUCCUAGGAUUUACUGAUAGUAUUGGCUGCUUUGUUUGGGUGAGAUCUAUGUUCAGACAGUUGUUCUGAAUUCUGUGAAUCAUGUUCUACAUUAACCCUCUUGUUGGUUUCCUUUAUCACAACGCAAACAUCUUUUGCAAUGCCUUAUGCUAGCAAAAAGCAUACGACCCUUGAAUGAAAAACAAAGUACAGUAGGAAGACAUCUUUGAAAUUAAAAAUGAAUGGUUCAUGAAGCCACACAGCUGGGAAAUGUUAUGCAGGGGCUUUUGAAAGAUGAUGUUUAUGUUUUCUCCUAGCUGAAAGGUAAUGUCUAGGUGUUGGAUUUUGGAAUAAUGCUCAGGGGAUAGGCAUACAUGGAAAAGUAUAGCAGAAUAGGCAGUUAAUUAUGGCUACAUUUAACAGUCCUAAUUUCAGAGUGUGAGACUUGACUGAUCCACUAAUACAUUUUCAAGCGUGUGUGUAUAUCUGAGAGCCAGGGCUGUCCCAUUGGUCUAAACAGCCACAUUUUAAAUGAAAUCGCUUUUCAGUAUGAUAAAUGCAUACCCUCCCUACUUUUGACUGUAUUCACUGUGUUUGCGUUAUAGCUCCCAAGAUGUCGUGUUACAUUCUUAGCUUGUGUAUAUACUCUACAGUGUAUUGACCGUAGUCUACAUUCUACUUGAGCAAUGCUAAUUUUGCAUGUAUGUGAUGUUUUGGCUCUACCACACAUUGGAAGGUAUUUACUGCUUCCUUGAAAGGGAGCGGCAUCUGUUAGAGUGCUAGAUUCCUGCUAUUUGUUCAGCAACAUAGAAAUCAUCAUAUAGGCAUCAUUGUAAUUCUUGCAUCGUUUUUGUUGAACAUAACUUAUCCUACAUCUCCGAAAUAAAAUGGGAUAUACAGGCCACAACCCUGUUGGGUGAUAUAUGAGGCAUAACCUCUAGUUUCCCUAGUACAGUGAUGGCAAACCUUUUAGAGACUGAGUGCCCAAACUCAGUGGUGUUCCUUCACCGGGUGCCACUGGUGCCAGGGGGUACUUCUCCCAGCUUUCCAGGGUGGGAGGGAUGGAGAAAUGGAGCCCUCCUUUCCUUCACUCCUCCCACCCUAGAAAGGCUUUCUCAGCAUUUCCAGGGUGGGAAGUGUGGGAAAACGGAGCACUCCUCCUGGCCUCUGCUAAAGGUGACGAUGUGCGUGUCCUCUCUUACAUGCAUGUCACAGGUUUGCUAUCACGGCCCUAGCAUUUCAGUAAUUGGAAAAGGAGAUAGCCUAGUACCUCUUUGCACAACAGACCCCGCCCCCAUGCAAUGCAGCUUAGCAACACUGUAGUACACCUUCAUAGCCAGUUGGUGGCCAGUGUGGGUGUGUGGUUGUUGGACACCAUCCGUCUGCAGUCUCAGCACUGGAAAAAAGGAAUAGUUGAAUAGCCCUCCCAGUCCUCUACUGCUCACUGGGUGUCCAGGAGAGUGAUAACUGUCUUUUUUCGAGGCUGAAUGUUUCCUUCCUUACUAGCCGCUGAUGGGUUAUGGUGCAGUCUGAGGACCAGUGAUUCAGCGGAAGUCCAGGAGAAGAAUGCUGGCAGAAAUUUAUGUUCUACCAGCAACCGGGUGGCCCCACAAGGUUAUCUCUGGUCUUGAGUUUUUUCCAUUCCUUUUCAUAGCCCUUGUAGAGAGAAAGGAAGUAAA